UUCGGUUGGGCCGCACGCGUUUGAUUCUCGAAUCUUGUGAUCGAUAAACAAUUAAGAUUUUAUACGUCACCAAGUUUUAAUCCGAACGUUAAAGUGUACAGUGCAAAAACAAAUGUUUCGUGCUUAAACACUUGGACUUCCAAGGUUGAAUGUGUUAAAGUGAAAAAAAAUUGGAGAAUCGCGAAUGUUUUGAUAUCGUCACGCUUGUUGAUUGUUUUUUAUCGUUCGGUAAAUGCUAUUGGAGUUAACUUUAAUCUAAUUGUGAAAUGUGUACAGAAGAGAACAGUGUGCGGUUCAAUUCGAAAAGUUAAGUGUCAAAAAUUUACAAUGAUACAUUACUGAAAUUAAAACAAAAAAAUUGGAAUAAAUCGGUGGUCGAUAUAAUUAUUAAUAGUUCAAAGUGGCGAAGUCCGAGUCUCGUGUUGUGUUAGUGGGUGAAGGUGACAGCGAUGGAUGCUGUUGUCCUGGCAUGAGGAUCAGUGAUAUUGGUGGAGUUCUCCUUGAAGCUGCAAAGCUAACAAGGUCCUGGUUCUGUCAAAGGCCUGAUUACGGCUUCUCCCAAAAAGUCGACGAAGAGGAGGGUGGUGGUGGGGUGGCGUUACAUCCACCGGACGGAUUUUACUCUCAUCAGCACAGCAUACACAGCGGACACCAUGCUCAUCAAUCGGAGCCUGACCGGGGCUAUAUGGAGGGCAAUCGAUAUGUCACAGCUGUACACCGACCGUUACCUGCACUAAAUCACUCCAACUCGUCAUGCUCGUCGGCGUCCAACGCGUCGACGGGCGCGGGUCUAUGCGCGGGCGCAGCGGAACCUGCGCCGCCGCUGUACAUCGCCGCACCGCCAGAGGGCUUCGGGCUGGCUGUUCAUACCAACAGACGGGGCACAGACGUUGGAAUCAUUGGCACGGCAGGAAUAACGCAAAAAGAUCCUAGUUUGCCACAAAAACGGGGCAAAUUGACCCGAGGUCGCUAUGAAAUGUCCCAAGAUCUACUGGACAAACAAGUCGAAAUAUUGGAAAGGCGAUACGGAGGGCUCAGGGCUAGGAGAGCAGCGGUGACGAUACAGAGGGCCUUCAGGAGGAGGCAACUUUUGAAAAAGUUCAGCGCGAUCACAGCUAUGGCGAAGGCCGCCGACUCGAAUGCGAGGAGACUCCAAGAUGGCUCCGACCAUCUACUUGUAAACGGCAAUGACAUCUACGCGAACACGCUAAUGCAGAAAAGUCCGGGCAGCGCUGAGAAAGUACUCGCGCUAUCGAGACCGAUGCGUUCCAUGUCUUUACGCGAAAGGCAUGAUAUUGACAUGAGCAAUCACAUGCCGCUGGACCCUCAAAGCGAAGUGGAGGCGAUGGUGGCCCGCGUGCAGCAGUCGGCGCACCAGAUCCACAUGAUAGCCUCCGAGAUACCGCCGCAUCACCGCGGCGACGCUGACAGCGGGGUAUGUAGCUGUUCAGUGAGCGGCUCCGUGACGAAUAUCUCAACUUCCUCAUCCCACAAUGAAUCUCUACACAACCAUCAAUUGUUAAAUAAUUCAGGUCCCAUAUACGGUAACCUGCUUUCGUCAGGCGGUAAGCCGCUGUCAUCACCCACCGCUCGUCAGCAACAGCAGCUCGCCGCGAUACAAGCAGCCAACGCGAGACGGCAUCCACCUGAAGUACCAAAGAGGACCAGCAGCAUAACACUCAACGCGGAGAGCCCGGUGUCGCUGCGGCGCGCGGAGUGCGUGGGCGCGGUGGUGCGCGGCGGCUCCAUGUCGUCCGUGCAAUCGUCGUCGUCCUCCUCCUCGCAGGAGCACCGCCACCACUACCACCAGCCCUACCAGCCGAGGGCGCCCGAGCCUCAUAUCCACAUCCAAGAGCAGCAGUUCCAGCAACACGCGCGCACGGCGUCGGGCACGCUGUACGAGGGGGAACGGUACGCGGUGUGGAAGAGGCAGGAGGCCCCGCCCUACUACGAGGCUCCUCCCCCCGCCACCUGCUGCCGACCGCAGCACGACCACCACCCGCAUACGCACCAACAGCCUCUUAAAGUAUCAGAAACAGUCCGUAAACGUCAAUAUCGAGUCGGAUUGAACUUGUUCAAUAAGAAACCGGAGCGCGGUAUAGCUUACCUGAUCUCCCGCGGGUUCCUCGAGAACUCUCCCCGAGGAGUCGCCAGGUUCCUCAUCACGAGGAAGGGUCUCAGCAAGCAGAUGAUUGGGGAGUACUUGGGAAAUUUGCAGAGUCAGUUCAACAUGGCUGUUUUAGAAUGUUUCGUGAACGAGCUCGAUCUGUCCGGCAUGGCAGUCGACGUCGCUCUACGUCGAUACCAAGCGCACUUCCGCUUACCGGGCGAGGCGCAGAAGAUAGAACGACUCGUCGAGGCCUUCGCUAGAAGAUACUGUGUUUGCAAUACUGACUUUGUGCAGAGACUGCGUACACAGGAUACGAUAUUCGUGCUAGCGUUCGCAAUAAUAAUGCUUAACACGGAUCUACACACUCCGAACCUCAAGCCCGAGGCUCGCAUGUCCCUCGACGACUUCGUGCGCAACCUGCGCGGUAUCGACGACUGCGGAGACAUCGACCGGGACAUGCUGGCCGGGAUCUACGACCGGGUGAAGGCCAGCGAGUUCCGGCCGGGGAGCGACCACGUCACUCAGGUGAUGAAAGUACAAGCUACCAUCGUCGGUAAGAAGCCUCACUUGGCUCUGCCGCACCGUCGCCUGGUCUGCUACUGUCGGCUCUAUGAAAUACCCGACAUACAUAAGAAGGAACGUCCUGGAGUCCACCAGAGAGAGGUGUUCCUCUUCAAUGAUCUACUUGUUAUAACGAAGAUCUUCAGCAAGAAGAAGUCGUCUGUGACGUACACGUUCAGGCAAUCGUUCCCGCUUUGCGGCAUGCUCGUCAACCUCUUCUCUGUACCACAUUAUCCAUUCGGUAUACGUCUGUCUCGUCGCGUCGACGGUCGCCGACUGGCGACGUUCAAUGCGCGCAACGAACACGACCGGUGCAAGUUCGCGGAGGACCUUCGGGAGAGUGUUGCCGAGAUGGACGAGAUGGAGGCCAUGAGGAUCGAAGCCGAACUCAACCGCGGGAAGGGGAGGAACACGGGAAACGCUUCCAGGAAUGUGAUGGAGAAUCGAGAUAGUGGAGUGGCGGACGUCGAAAUCGAUCACCAACAAUGCAUGGACCAUGUGCAUGUCCACGGCGUUGUGGUACCCCCACCACCAUCUUGUCCAGCCCCGUCAGCGCCGUCACGACUGUCGCAGAACCCACCGCCGACAAGCAUCAUCAAGCGGAACGUACUUAGCAACUCGCUCGUCGACAUCAAUGACCCCGUGGCUCUCGCAGCGGAGCGCCUGCAGCGUCGGGGCUCAGUGGGCUCGCUGGACAGCGGCAUGUCGGUGUCGUUCCAGCAGGGCAGCCGCACGGCGCUGCACGCCACCUCGCCCCGACACCCCCCCGAGCAGCGCUCCCCCGGUCGAUUGUUCGGAGGCAUAUUUCCUGGUCGUCAACGGAAAUUGAGUGCAUCAGGCGUCCCGGACACUAAGCAAGGACAAGUCGGGAAGAGCACAGAGGUUUAAAGAUCAGGAAUCGAUUUUAAAUCGAUUAUUUAACAAUUUCUUCUAAACCUUAAAAUCCCCGAAGGAUUUAUUUAAAAAAAAAAGCAUAUUUGCAUUCAGGUUUAAUUUUGGGAAUAUCUUUGAACUAUUGUGAAUUCAGAAUGCUUUUUUCUAAUCGAUUAUAAUCGAAUAAGCGUUGCAUACGAUUGCUAUCUGAUUUUAUAUCUUGCUAUUUAUAUUGUAACCGGAUAGACGUUUUUGAUAUUAGCUAGUUCGGGUUUUCUUAAGUGCCAUCUUUUACGAUAAUUUCGAAUCCCUUUGAAACGGGAGUAGACUUUAUUUAAGUGCAUUACAUAAAUCUUAAUAUUUGCAAUUAUUCGAUAUUAUUAAGGGCGAAUAAUUGAAUUAUAAAUUAUACGAAAUAUGUUUCGUAUCUCGGUUAAUGGAUUUUGGACAUCUUUCGAUAGUUGUGAGAGGACUUUAGGAGUAUUGUAAGGUGGAAGUUGAUGAUUCAGGGUAUAAUGGGGGCGGGAAACAGUUUAUUAAAUGUUUUCAUUAUACUAGACGUGCCAAUGAUAUAUUACUAUCAUUCGACUUUACAUUAUUAUAAUUCAUCGAUACAUAAUAUUGACAUAAUUCUCUUGAAUUUUUUCAUACGUAGACUCUUUCGUAAUAUAAGAUUUAAUUUUUAAAUAUUGCGGAAAGAGGUUUAUUCGGAUUUAACAACGAAAUAUAACGGAUUAUAUAAGAUUUUUGGGGCCACGUAUUCGGGAAGGUUUUCUAGAAAUUUAAUUAUUUUCUGAAAACUUUUGGACGGUAGAUGUGGUUUAAGAUAUCGCUGAGACACAGGGUUAAGUAACCAAAAUUCGAUACGAUUGUUUUGCAUUGAACUAAUUACAUUAUUGAGAACAUAGUUUAGAUAAAAGUAUUUCGAAAAUUGUAUUCAGUGAUUAUUUAAAAUUACGAUCAUUAAACGUAUAAUCCAUUGCACGUUACCAGCCAAGAAGUAUUAAAGAUUCGUUUGAUAAAAAAAAAAAGUUAAUGUAAAAUCAAAGAAUUUUAUCUUUUUUUAGAAUAGUUGUAAAUACGUUCAGAAUAUAGGAUACCAUAGAUAAUGUAUAAACAUCACAUUAUUCUUAAUAUUUCUUUCGGCACAAGGCAUUUUAUUAUAACGCAUAAAUUAUAUAAAAAAAAAUAUAUACGGUUUAUUGUUGAAAAGUUAUAGAUAUACAUUCUUCAAUAAAAUAUAAGCUUUUGGCGAUUAAAGCCGUACAAAUUCAUUUCUAUAGAGUUUUUAAAAACCUUUAUUCUAUCGAAUCCUGGUCGGGUUCUGUCCAUAGAUUUAUCCUACGCCAAAUAAAAUUUCUUGUCCAUUUAGAUAAAAAAAAAAAAAAUGUGUCCUAUAUUGAUUAUCUUUAUAUUGACAAUAAAACACCUAUCGUUUAUUCAAAGUUUGCCCGUUUAUUUGAUAUACAAAUACUUUAUUUCGUGAAUUAAACUUAUAUUAAUAAAAAUAUUCGCGUAACCCAAAAAAUCUCCAUUUCCUUGGUUCAAAAUUAAUUACUGUAUUUAUUGGAAUAUUAAUUCCGUCUUGAAUUCCUCAAUAUUUCCUCCUAAAUAAAUUUAAGUUGUGUUGUUACCAGACUUUCUUGUAUUACCAUUUUUAUAUUUAAUAAGAAUGCUUUAUUUUUAUUAUAAUAUUCUUUUUCUUUCGAAUAUUUUCUAAAUUAUUUAAAUUUAAUUACCAAAUCUUUCUCAGAUAUUGAUGUCUUAAUACAUUAAAUAUUUUCAUCAGUUUUAAUCCCUCAAAUUUCCCUUUUAAAACCUUCUUAAAACUUUGCUUGUCUUUCUUGAGAACGAUGGUUAGUUUAAAUUGUUGUUCUGACAUAACCAUAUCUAGAACUAAGCGGGUAGGAGAGAAUUAAGCAAAUUUGCUAAUAUUUAAUGUGAAUUUGUCAUCUUUGAGAUCGACUGAAAAAUUUGUACUCCCACUUUUAAAGUUUUCUAUAUUAAUUAGUUAAUAAUGUUGACUUUGUAUCGAUUAUGUAGGCUUGUUGUUUCUACUGAUUGAUACGUGGGUAGAUAGACAAAUAAUUGACUUGUUGACUUGGAUUUUGACUCUUAUUUCGAGCGUGUUAAGGUACGGGUGAUGAAGAGGAUGUUAAGGGGAAUGUACUUAGGAUCUAUGGUAAAUUGUUUGAAUGAUAAUAUUGAUAAAACUUACUAUUACUAGAUACAUGAUUAUUCGUAUCGUUGCCUUGAUUUUCUUUUAAACUUUGUCAUAUUUUCUUACUUUUAUUACUUUUCAAUUGAAUUAAUUACAUUUUUCACAAUUAAUGAGGCUUUUUUUUUGUUAAAAUUCACUUAAAAAGAACGCUACUAUUUUCUUCUUUGUGAUUUUUUCUCCUUGUCUUUGUACAAAAGUACGAUAGCGUAUACGUACCGUACAAAUCUGAAUGUUCUGUCCAAUAAAAUUAUUGUACUGUUGAAUCUCCAUUAUUAAUCGUAUAUUGUAAGUUUUUAUUUCAAAUUUAAUAAUGUAAGAGGUUUAAUUGGUCACAAGGAUUUUGCAAAAUAUUUAAACCAAUGAAAUUUCUUUUACAUUUAUGCUUACAGUAUUUUAGAGAAAUUUGUUUUGUUGUCGUUUGGUAUGGUUGACAGUAACUAAUGAUAUAUGUAUUUUUUUUUUUUCAAAUAUAUUAUAAAUAAUACUAAAAGCAGAAAUAGUAAAAUUUUUGGGGCUGAUUGAAUCUCGUAUGAAUAAAAAAAUCCAUGUUUGUGCUAUUUCUAAUCUUAGAGUAAUGCAUUAAUAUAAAAGGAAUUGAUCACUUGUUUUGUCGUUGGAUUUUGAACUAUAUUAUAACGUAAUAACUUUUAAUAUUGUGUGCGAGGUUUGUUUGUGAUGACUUCGUGUACGUAUUUCAAGCGAGAUGCGUUUUACCUAUUGAAGAUAACUGAGUUUGUACGCUUUCUUGCGUUUUAAAUACAAAACUGAAAUAUUUCGUUUUUUCAGUAUGGCGUCAAAUGCGUCCAUUAAUCAUUAACCACGUACUCUUUCAAUGGAUUAUUUAUACGUUUAAAAAUAUUUAAGACUGGAAACUUUUAUUUUUAAAUUGUCAGGUGAUUAUUUGUAAAACUUUAAAAAAAAAACUAUGUCAUUCGUAUUUGGAACGCAUCUAAAGUUUGUGUGGAAUGGUCUUUGUAUUGCUUUUGUAAAUUUCGCUUGAAGCCAAAGAUGUAUUUUUGAUUGUGUUCACAUAAUAUUCCAAUGAACGUGUGUUUUUUUUUCGUUAAAUUGUAUAUUUUUUCCAAAGUUGAUUUGUUUGAUGAAUCAAAACGAGAAGUGAAUUUAUGUUAUCUGUAAUUUUAUAAAUUAGGUCCAUGUCACAUUAAGCUGAAGUAUACAUUAAAUGAUAAUAAAAUAUAUCGACUAACAUUAUUUACAUGGAAACUAAUUUUAAAAACAAUACAGAUUCUAUUGAAGAUGAACUUAGUGUGACGUGGGACUUGAUAAUUAGUUUGAAAGUUUAUUUUUCUGUAAUAUAAACCAUACUAACUUAUAUAACUUGUAUGUAUAUUUUAGAGUUUGUCUAAUAUAUAUAUUUUUAGUUGGUAAUUGUUAUUAUGUAGUAUUAAGCAAUAAACGCGUUCGGCGUCUCCCUGUACGUCUGAACGUUGUAUCAUAAUGUUGUUGAGAGUUGCUACAACUAAGUCACUUACAUUAGUUUUAUUUAAAAAAAAAACAUGAAUAUGUAUUUAUUUAUUAAAUAUGAAUUAACAUUCA